UUUUCUUUUUCUUUUUUUCAUUAAAGACAUGCUCAUCAAAGUGGAGCAAAAUAGACACUUGAUCCUGGUUACUUUAUUCCUUGGUCUUUUAUUAUGUAGUUUUUAUCUGUUUUAUACACCUUCAUCAUCGCAAGUGAUACCAUUCAAGAAGAAGCUAAUUCGACAACCUACUGUGUGUGAUAAAGUAGAUGCUGCAUGGCUUGCAUCCGAUAGAAUCUAUUGGGAUGGUUGGAUGGACAAAGCCAUGUUCAUCAAGACAGACGGUACCUUUACAAAAGGUCAUGUCUAUAUUGAACAAGGACAGCAUGUCUGUAUUGUUGUCCUGCUUGGACCUACACCAGCCAAGGCUUCUAUUAAAGAUGAACAACAUGAUCAUAUUGGACCCAGUGAUAGUAUUACCAUGUUUGCUGAAGGUGAACACUCGAAACGAACCAUACAACUCGAACAACACCCUGAACAAACUAAUGUCUAUAUGGCUGCUGUUCAAUUCAAUCAGCCUGAUACAUAUACAUUGGAUACUACUACUGAAUACAGACAUUUCUUUUGGGAAUCGCCUAUUCACCAUGCUUAUCAUCCAUUUCAAUAUGCAUCCCAAAACAAAUUGGUCGUUAGUCCAGUCAACAUGACCGAGAUAUUACCCUUAUGCAAACAUCAUACGUUGACAGGUACUUGGGUAGACUUGGAUAUCUAUGCAGCAUCAGACGCACAAGCACUGUAUACCAUGUACGAGAAUACCGAGAAUGAACACAGUGUAUACAACAAAGUGUUUAUACCAGACCAGUGUCGAUUUGAAUACAAGAGCAGUGGUCAUGCAGCACGUUGUCUGGGGAAACAAACGGUGCAUGUCUGGGGAGACAACAAUUUGCGUCGAAAUCUGAAGGCUCUAGACAGCCAAUGGUGUGGUUCUGAUACGCAAGACAGGUGUGUAUGUGAUGAUGAUCAUGAACCACCUACGCCUUGGAUGAUGGGCAAACCUCUCCUUAUUCAAAAUUCAUGGGAUAUUGACAGUAAAAUCUAUUAUUAUCCUGUCCAUGGACCACUUACAUACCAACAUGAGACACUGUUGGACAGAAUGGCACAAUACAAAGAUAGUGUAGCAGACAUAGUGAUUCUAGGAUUUGGAAAUGAUGAUAUUGAAGCAUUACAAGUGACACCUAAACAGUUUGCUACUACACUCACUACAUUCUUGGACCGUGUACGUCGAAUCUAUCCCCAUCAACGCAUUGUGCUGCGUACACCACAGUAUUUUAUAGGCAGUCAAGGGACUUGGAACACAGGUCGUUCUUAUGCUUUUACUUUGGCUGUGCGUCAUGCAGUCAUUGGCCAUGAUAUUCUGUUAUGGGAUACACAUCAUUUAGGCACAGACGAAACAUUGUGUCCAUCUAUUUACUCUAAACGUCAUGUAGUCAAUAUUGAAAAUCAAAUGUUAUGGCAUUUACUUUGUUAAAUAAAUCAUGCUCUCU